AUGAAUGCAACCAAACUCGUCGACCUUUUCGAUAUCUAUGGACUUGCUGAUUAUCUAGAUAAUGACGACAAACAACAAUUAACAGUCUUGGUACCUACCAAUGAAGCUUUAGAUGAAACAAUGAUACCUCAAAAUGAUAUUGAUGAAUGGCUACGUUAUCACAUUAUUGAGCACCGGUAUGCUCCGGAAGAACUAGUAGAUGGAGCCCUUUUGGUAACAAAGGCAGGUGGUGGAUUACUAGGUAGACAUCAACAACAACGUAUCCGAGUCCAUGUCACUGUACAAGAUAAAUCCUUUUAUUCUGAAAAAAAGAAACAAUCGAUUCAAUUUGGUGACGCCGUGGUAACAGGGGAACCAGUGGCAACCAAUGCAAAUUAUAUUUACCCAGUAUCGAAAUCAGUGACUUUACCUCGUGAUGUAUUGGAUCAACUCCCUACCCACCUUGAUUUAUCGACGUUUGUAGCAAGUGCAUAUGCCUCUGGAUCCAACAAUGUGAUACAGACAGCAAAAGGCAUCACUUUAUUUGUACCUACCAAUGAUGCUUUUGAACGACUCGGCAUGCUUACAAAAUACUUACUCCAUCCUAACAACAAGAAAAAACUGGCACAAGUAGUUCUUUUCCAUGCCAUUCAAGGGAUCUAUUAUACAAACGACGAAAUGGCACCUGGUGAAUAUAGCGUCUCAACACUCUCUUUUGGUGAUGGAAAACAUAAUGAAGAAAACAUUUAUAUGAACAAGACAGACAAGGGACUCUUUUUACGUGGGUUUGGUGCGGCAGAUGGUAAUGAUCGUAGUGUGAUUGGCAAAGUGGUGAUGGAAGAACAAGAUGAAGAUGAUAUGCUGAUCAAGAAUGGUGUAGUGCACAAAGUGGAUCGGGUACAACUUCCUUCCUUAUUGAAAGUGACAAAUCAUGACCUUUUGACAAGUUCGGGGAAAAAUGCUUUUUUGGAUUUGAUGGAACAAGCGCAACUGAUGCAUCUUUUAGACACAAGUGAAUCUUAUUCAGGAAGAUACACCAUUCUGGCUCCUAGUGAUCGUGCCUUUGCCAAGAUGAACCUUACUCGACUCCUUGAAGAUCAAGAUUUGUUGAAUCGUGUAGCAAGACUUCAUAUUUUACCAGUGGCCAUACCUCAAAUGACAUUGUUUGAUAUAUCCAAUCAACAAGAAAAACAGAAAGAUCAUGGAAGUACAAAUAUGGAUGAACAUCAGGAAAUCACGACAUUGGGAACAGAAUUCGAUACACUGGAUGAUAAUGAAAAGGUGAUGAUCACUUUGGUACAGAACAAUCAAAAGACAUCUGAUAUCUACACAGUUCAUGUCAAAGGCAGUUUGCAAGACAAGGCGGAAGUGGUAACUAUUGGUAGGGUGACGAACGGUGGUGGUGUUAUUGAAAUCGAUAGGGUACUCAUACCUUCAGAUGAUAAUCAUCCUCUUUCUUGGUGGUCUUUCCUUUUGGUAGUUUUAUCUGUGUUGGCCAUUAGUGCUCUUAUUGUUGGUGGUGGAUAUUAUCUAUGGUUAUGGUGGAAACGACGUCGAGAAGGCUAUACAACCCUUGAACAUGAAGAGGAAGAAGUAGAUGUAGAUUGA